AUUUUCAGAUAUUUUAUGUUGACCUUACCUCAUUUAUUUCUUCUACUGCACUUUUCUCUAUUUAAUUGUGCGUUCAGUAAUGCAUUCGUAUUGAGAACGGAUGUAAAGGUAGAAGAAAGCCUUAUUUAUGUACAAACUAUCUGGCGACACGGUGAUCGCGCACCACACCAGUUACCUUACCCAAGUGAUCUGAAUAAUGAAAGCUCUUGGCCAAGAGGAUGGUCUCAGCUUACAAACACAGGAAUGAAGCAACUGUAUGAAUUGGGUCUUUUCUUCCGGAAACGGUAUAAUGGAUACAUUGAAAAGUUCAAUCAAGCUGAUAUACGGAUCUUGUCAUCCAGAUCAGAACGAGCAAUUGUAAGUGCUCAAGCUAUGUUACGUGGACUUUUCCCGGCUGACAUUACUAUGGAAUGGUUAAAAGAUGAGCAUUGGCAACCAAUUCCUUUUUAUACCGAAAGCAUUGAACGGAAUGCACCACUUCUUCAUUCUACUGUUCAUUCUUGUUCACGUUAUGAUCAACUUAUGAAGAACGAAACAGCAGUGAUCGCUGAUGCAAUGAUGCAAAAAUAUGCCGACGUUGUUCAACUCCUUGCAAAUGUGACUGGAAUCGGUGAAGGACUGAGUUUUGGCCGGAUAGCAGCAUUGAUUGAUAUUCAACGAGAGAUAUUGCACCAACUUCCGCAGCCGGAAUGGGUUUACCAAAAAUGGCCACAAUUCCAUAAUAUGCGUACUAUUGACAUAAUUACGGAAUUCAAGCGCAUCAGCCAAAAUCUAAAGUAUAAUACGCUUGAAAAGGCGCGAUUUAAAGGUGGUUUACUGCUUGGAGAUAUACUGCGUCGAUUUCAGAACGUCGCAAAUGGAACCAGAGUAGAAGCAUCUAAAAUGUUUCUCUAUUCUGCGCAUGAUUCGACAUUACAUUCAGUGCAGCACGCACUGAGAGUAAGCAACGGUUUACUGGUGCCAUAUUCGGCAUGUCUAAUUAUGGAACUGUAUAAAACUGACAAGAAUAAACCAAUAGUAAAAAUUCUUUAUAAGAACGAGACAGAAAAUAUCUAUGAACUAUUCGUACCAGGGUGCUCGGUACCAUGUACUUUGGAACAAUUAGUCCGACUAAGUACUCCUACCAUCCUGGAUUCGGUGGAUAAUUUGAAUAAGGUAACUCAGCUACUUUAUUAUGAUUGA